GAACUGGACUGCCAUCAACCCAUUGAUUGAUCGGAAUAUGUUGUAUAAUAUGAUAACACUGACAUGGAGAAACAAAUUGAAAAUAUGUGCCGGGUCUUCCUACUUGUACUUGCCAUUCUUGGCAUUCAAGAAUUUCAAGUCUUAUUUCAUCUUAAAGCAGAAGACGAAAAGGAGGAACAGGGGAGGGAAAUCUGCGAUGCGUCACCACCGGAAUUGUCUUGUAAUUCUGAAUACAAAUACAGGUCUGCGGACGGAUCUUGUAAUAAUUUAAAUCAUCCAGACUGGGGAAGAAGCUACACAGCGCAAAGGCGAUUUCUCACACCGAAAUAUGACAGUGAUUGUAACUCGCCUCGACAAAAAGGAUACAGGAAGAUGCCACUACCUAGUUCUCGUGAAAUCAGCAACCUGCUAUUCCAAAACAGAAAUUCAACAACCGAUACGGAUCCAAAGCUUAACGUUCUUCAUAUGUCGUUUGGCCAGUUUCUUGAUCACGACCUGAUACUGACACCCCUCAUCAGAGGAACUUUUGCCUGCUGUGGAGAAGACAGAGAUAGCGACCCGUGUAUACCCAUCACUAUUCCUCUAGGGGAUCCAUUCUUUAAAGAAGACUGCAUGCCUCUUACACGAUCGGCUUCACUUUUCCAACAACGUGAACACAAGUGUUGUCGAGAGCAGAUCAAUGACGUCACUUCCUAUAUUGAUGCAUCAAAUGUAUACGGUUCUGAUAUGAAUAAAGCAAAUAGGCUUAGAACUUUUCAGAAUGGUACAAUGCGUCAGAGGAACGCCGGCUUGCCAGAUGGUGGCACAAGCAAAUGUGUUUAUGAUGAUACUACACAUGAAUAUUGUCCAAAUGCAGGAGAUGUUCGGGUAAAUGUUGUACCAAAUCUUGGUUCGAUGCACCUUCUGUUUGUUAGAUAUCACAAUUACAUUGCAAAGCAAUUGGCUGCUAUCAAUCCUUUGUGGAAUGACGAAAUACUUUAUCAAGAAACUCGUGCUAUAGUGAGUGCUAUCACACAACAUGUGGUUUACAGUGAGUAUCUGCCGCUUGUAUUAGGGCAUGACAUUAUGGAGCAAUACAAACUCCUCCCUAAAUCCAAUGGCCAUGACACGGUUUAUGACGAGAAGGUUGAUGCAUCUACUAGAAAUAGUUUUGGUGUUGCGGCCUUCCGUUUCGGUCAUUCUCAGGUUACAAACCAUCAAAAGCAGUUUAGUAAAACGUACUCUCGAGUUGUGAGCAAGAAUAUUGAAGACACCUAUCAUCACCCACAUAUGUGUGUCGAAAAGGAAGGAAAAGGAAGUGACGGUGUUUUAAGAUGGCAGCUUGCAGAGGGUACUGCAAAAACAGACGGAGUAUUCGAGAGUGGCGUUAGAGACAAGCUUUUCAUGGACUCGGCCGGUAGGAGUUUGGAUCUUCCCGCCAUCAAUUUGCAGCGUGGAAGGGAUCAUGGGAUACCACCAUACUGGAAAUGGAGGAAAUUCUGUGGAUUGAAUCACAAAACAUUCUCAGAUCACAAUACUGCUGACGAACUCAAACUUCAAAACAUUUAUAGGAAUUUAGAAAAUGUAGACCUCUUUGCCGGUGCUAUGACUGAGAAGCACGUGAAAGGUGGAGUGGUGGGGCCGACAUUUGCUUGUCUGAUAGCAAAGCAGUUCAUUCUGUACAAGAAAGGAGACAGGUUCUGGUACGAGAACGAUGGCUAUACAGGGUUUACUGAAGAUCAGCUGACGGAAAUAAAAAAGGUCACACUGUCUUCCAUCAUUUGUCAAACUAUUGAGGUGGAUGAGAUUACCCGUCAUGCAUUUCUCGUAAUGAGUAAUACAAACCCAAGAGUGAAAUGUAACAACCUAACACAUCCGAUCUGGUCACCAUGGAGAAAUUUGUCUUAGGGUAUUUCGCUUGCAAGGACUAUAACAGUUAAUACUAAAAAUCACUUUCCCAAUUGUUUUUAAUUUGUUAUAAAUAAAGGAAUAAGAUUUUUUUCAUAAGACCAGCUAGCAAAAAACUGUGCGUAAAAUGACAACGAGUGAUAAUUCCUCAUACAAGUGGUAAAAUUGUGUUUUUUGGAUGAUAAGUUAAGACCCCAUGCAAUGUAUCGCAAGUAUAAAUUUACAGAGAAAAUGAAUUCGAAAAAUAACUGUUUUUAAAAAGCAGAGAAAUGGUAAA